AUGUUUACCUAUUUAUACUUGCGGGAUAUGGGGCAAAGCUUUCAUAAUGCAUGUAAGAAAGCAUCAAUCUUCUGGAAAUUUGUACUUACGUCCUUGAAAAGUUGGAUAGAGACACAUCCUCACGAUGUUGUUUUACAGAAAUUCAUUUCCGGAUGGGGUCCUGGUGGACAAAAGGUGAAUAUGACGAGAAAUGCAGUAACGAUCAAACAUAUACCUACCAGUAUCGUCGUUCGAGUCCACCAAUCGAGACUUCUGCAGGAGAAUAUUGAAAUUGCUCGGGAAAGGUUAAAACAUGCGGUAGAUCGGCAUUUGAACGGCGAAAAUUCAUAUGAUGCUCAGCUGAAACGGAUGGAGCUCGAGCGAUGCGCAAGGAAUAAGAGAAAGAGGGCAGCUAUGCGCGAACAGAAAAAAAUGCAUGCUCAGGAAAGAUCCAAUCCUGAAGGCGACGAAAUCGGUUUGGAUUCUGUAUGA